ACAGGCUCUGCGUCUUCGCCCGUCACUAAUACUGACGAGUCUGAUGCAUUUUCUUUUCACCUCUCAGGUCUCAGCCUCUCACCAGCAGCCGGAGCACAUUUUUGAUUUUCCUCACUACACAUGCCCCAGUCAACGCAGUUCCGCUUGUCUUCUCCGACUCACUCAAGUCGGAGACCAGCAAAAACGACGUCCACGUCUUCAUGGCGUCUCUUGUUCUUCACCUUUGUCGUCCCCAUCGCCCUGGCCUCCGUUCUCUUCUGGCUCGAACCCUUCCAGCCGGCCCACAUCCCCGCCAACUUGAUGAGCCGGCGCAUCAUGACGGUGCCGGUGCGCUACGACAGGAUGCGUGGAGGAUCGGAAGCUCUGGCGGAGGGAGACGUGGAGGGACCUGAAGACUUGGUUUACGAUGCGGCCGCCGGUGUCAUUUAUACGGGGUGUAUGGAUGGGUGGAUCAAGCGAGUCACGGUGAACGAAUCGGUGGGCGACUCGGUGGUGGAAAGUUUGGCCCGGACUGAAGGAAGACCGCUCGGUGUUGCUUUGCACCGCAACGGUGAACUUCUUGUCGCCGACUCCGACAAGGGACUAGUAAAAGUGACAAGAGAAGGACAGAUUGAGUUGUUAACAGAUGAGGUGGAGGGGUUGAAGUUCAAGUUCACAGAUGGGGUAGAUGUUGCAGAAGAUGGCACCAUUUAUCUCACAGAUGCUUCCUACAAAUAUAGUUUCAGUGAUUUCAUGUUUGACAUAUUGGAAGGGAAGCCUCAUGGCCGACUCAUAAGCUAUGAUCCAUCCACCAACCACACAACCCUUCUGGUUUCCAAUCUCUACUUUGCUAACGGAGUUGCAGUCUCACCAGAUCAGCAAUUCGUGGUCUUCUGUGAAACUAUGUUGAGAAGGUGCAGAAAAUAUUACAUAGAAGGUCCUAAAAAAGGAAGCAUAGAAAAAUUUGUAGAGGAUUUGCCUGGCUAUCCUGAUAACAUUCAUCAUGAUGGAGAAGGCCAGUAUUGGAUUGGAUUAGCCUCGUCACCUACAUAUUCUUGGGAAUUAGCAAUGAGAUAUCCAGUGAUUCGGAAGGCAGUGGCAAUGGUGAUGAAGUAUGUGGGAAAGCCUCGUAUGGAGAAGAAUGGAGGAGUUAUUGCUGUGGACUUGGAAGGAAAGCCAAUUGCACAUUACUAUGAUGCUGAGUUUUCAAUGAUUUCAAGUGUCAUUAGGAUUGGCAAUCACUUGUAUUGUGGCUCUCUUCACUAUCCUUUCAUCAUACGUUUGGAUCUGAACAAGUAUGCUGCUCUUCACACCACAAACCAGCCACAUGUACAAACUGACAAGACAAGCGAAGGUUGAGUUGUUGACAGAGGAAAUGGAGAGGCUUGAAGUUCAGACUAUAACAGAGAUUGAGUGGAUGUUGUGGAAGAUGGCACCAUGUAAUUUGAUUGUUCAUGUCAAACUAGUCGUAGUUUAUACUAUAUAGGUGUUUAAUGACUUCCUUUACACUAGUAUGUUACGAGUGAAUUUGGUUUGUGGGAUUUUUCCUGUUUAAUUUCUAAACAAAUUGGAGCAGGUUGUGAUGUUCUUGAA